GACCCAUCAAGAGAGCCCCACUAUAAAGAUCUCGCUCCACAUCGGACGAUGUUCAGUUUGCCGCUGUUCUUCGUUCCCCAACAACCUCCAAGUUAUGUCUAAGAAAACCUGUUGCCGCGGACCGGGUUACGCAACGCCUCUGGAUGCCAUGAGGAGUGGUCCCCGCGAGAAGCUCCUCUACACGGUCACAGUUCAGCCCAACUUGGAUGAGCCCCACGGCGAUUAUCUGUCCACAGUCGAUGUGGACCCCGAAAGCCCCACCUACUGUCAGAUAGUACACCGCACAUUUACCAACCGAAAAGGUGAUGAGCUGCAUCACUCUGGUUGGAACGCCUGCUCCAGUUGCUACCACGUUGAUGAAUACUCUAAAACCGUUCCAAAAAGAGACAGACUCGUUCUGCCGGCCUUGAAUUCCGAUUUUAUUUAUAUACUCGAUGUGGUUACCGAUCCCCGAAAGCCAGAGAUUAUCAAGACCAUCGAUGGGGAUGUACUGAAGAGUCACAAUGUCACCGGCCCACAUACCACUCACUGUCUGGCCAAUGGGAAUAUUAUGAUAUCCGUGAUGGGUGAUGCUGAGGGAUAUGCCAAGGGAGACUUUAUCCUUUUUGAUUCAGAUUUUAAUUGUAUCGGUACCUGGACCAAGGGUGAGAAGAAGGCUCUAUGCGGUUACGAUUUCUGGUAUCAGCCCUACUUUGAUGUGAUGGUUUCAUCUGAAUGGGGAGCACCCAAUAAAUGGCGACGUGGCUGGAAGAAUGGUGACCUCGACGAUAUGACCCAGUACGGCUGCCGUCUUAACUUCUACAAGUGGUCCACUCAAACCCUCUACCAAACAAUCGAUCUAGGAUCGGAUGGCAUAACGCCUCUGGAGAUUCGCUUUCUGCAUGAUCCUAAGCGAGCAGAGGGAUUCGUUGGUUGUGCCCUCAAUGCUAAGGUGUUCUACUUCAAGAAGAAGCCUGACUCCGAUGAGUUUGAGGCAAAGAAGGUGAUUGAUAUCCCCGGAAAACUUGUUGAUACCGGCAGUGGAACGUUGGAGGAUAUGGGCGGAAUGAUCUCAGACAUUAUCAUAUCCCUGAAUGAUCGGUUCCUCUAUGUCAACUGCUGGCGACAUGGGGAUGUAAGGCAAUAUGAUAUAACAGAUCCCGAAAAUCCCAAACUUACUGGCCAGCUUUUCUUGGGCGGUGCCAUCUGCAGUGAUUUGCCAAAUGUGAUUGUUAAGGAGGAUAAGGAACUAAAGGAGAGACCACCAGCUCGUUAUGUUAAGGGUCGUCGAUUGGAAGGAGGUCCUCAGAUGAUGCAACUAUCUCUGGAUGGCAAGCGCUUGUAUGUCUCAUCAUCUUUAUAUUCUCCUUGGGAUAAACAGUUUUAUCCAAAAAUGGUUUCGCAAGGCGGUCAUAUUGUCCAGAUUGAUGUGGAUACUGUGAACGGAGGAAUAUCUCUAAAUGAAGACUUUCUGGUAGACUUUGGAAAUGAACCCUAUGGUCCUGGUCUGCCCCAUGAAAUGCGUUAUCCUGGCGGUGAUUGCACUUCUGAUAUUUGGCUGGCUAAUGAUGCCUAGUCCUUAUAUAAAAUAUAUAUUACCCUAAACAAAGCUUUAAUAAAGACAAUUUUUUACACAACCUA